CGGCUGCUAGGAAGGGCCUGUGGUCCUCUGGCAUUUAUGGGGCAUGUGACCUGCCUGCCUGGCCUGGGGAGGUAGCCCCACCCCAGCCCUCAGGCAGGGGGCCGGUCCAGGCAUAUGGGAGUAUUUAUACCUCAAUAGAGGCUCCUGGGAUGUUGCUGGGCUGAGUGACUCCCCGAAGCCGUGAUGGUGGCCAUGGCCCAGAACCCACUCCGGCUUUCUUCAAGGCCAGGAGUGGGUGAUGGUGUCGCUACUCCAGCCACAGUCUGACGUCACGCUGCCGGGCCCCGCCAGACUGGAGGGCGAGCCCCAAGGGGACCUCAUGCAGGCGCCGGGCCUCCCGGGCUCCCCUGCCCCACAGAGCAAGCAUGCCAGCUUCAGCUGCUCAUCGUUUGUGCCUGAUGACCCUCCAGAGAGGGCACCCUCACUGCCCCCUCACAGCCCCAGCAUCGCAUCACCAGGCCCCGAGCAAGUCCACUGCCCAGCUGGCCCCGGCCCGGGCCCCUUCCGGCUCUCAACCUCAGACAAGUACCCUGGCUUCAGCUUUGAGGAGGGCCCAGAAAGCAGCCCUGGGCGCUUCCUCAAGGGCAGCCACGUGCCUUUUCACCCAUACAAGCGGCAUUUCCAUGAGGACAUCUUCCCCGAGGCCCAGACUGCCCUGGCCCUCGAUGGACACUCCUUUAAGACCCCAGGGGCGCUGGAGGCCUUCGAGGAGAUCCCCGUGGAAGUGGGGGAAGCUGAGGCCUUCCUUCCUGGCUUCUCAACAGAGGCCUGGUGCAACGGGCUCCCCUACCCCAGCCAGGAGCACAGCCCCCAAGUCUUGCAGGGGUCAGAAGUUAAGGUCAAGCCCCCGGCUCUGGAGAGUGGUCCUGGCAUGUACUGUUACCAGCCCCCCCUGCAGCACAUGUACUGUCCCUCCCAGCCCCCCUUCCACCAGGUGAGUCUGGGGCAGUACUCACCAGGUGGUGGCAGCUACCCUGUACCCUACCUGGGCUCCUCACACUAUCCAUACCAGCGGAUCGCACCCCAGGCCAGUACCGAUGGGCACCAGCCUCUCUUCCCAAAACCCAUCUACUCCUACAGCAUCCUCAUCUUCAUGGCCCUUAAGAACAGUAAAACUGGGAGCCUUCCUGUCAGCGAGAUCUACAAUUUUAUGACGGAGCACUUUCCUUACUUCAAGACUGCACCCGAUGGCUGGAAGAAUUCUGUCCGCCACAACCUGUCUCUCAACAAGUGCUUCGAGAAGGUGGAGAACAAAUCAGGAAGUUCCUCUCGCAAGGGUUGUCUGUGGGCCCUCAAUCCGGCCAAGAUCGACAAGAUGCAGGAGGAGCUGCAGAAGUGGAAGAGGAAAGACCCCAUUGCAGUGCGCAAAAGCAUGGCCAAGCCAGAAGAGCUGGACAGCCUCAUUGGAGACAAGAGGGAGAAGCUGGGCUCCCCCCUGCUGGGCUGCCCACCCCCUGGGCUGGCAGGCUCAGGCCCCAUCCGGCCCCUGGCACCUCCAGUUGGGCUCUCCCAGCCACUGCACUCAAUCCACCCAGCUCCGGGCCCCAUUCCUGGCAAGAACCCCCUGCAGGACCUACUUGGGGGACACGCACCCUCCUGCUAUGGGCAGACGUAUUCGCACCUCUCACCGGGCCUGGCCCCUCCUGGACCUCCGCAGCCAUUGUUCCCGCAGCCAGAUGGGCACCUUGAGCUGCGGGCCCAGCCGGACACCCCCCAGGACUCGCCUCUGCCAGCCCACACCCCACCGAGCCACAGCACCAAGCUGCUGGCUGAGCCUUCCCCAGCCAGGACCAUGCAUGACACCCUGCUGCCAGAUGGAGACCUUGGGACUGACCUGGAUGCCAUCAACCCCUCUCUCACCGACUUUGACUUCCAGGGAAACCUAUGGGAACAGCUGAAGGAUGACAGCUUGGCCCUCGACCCCUUGGUACUGGUGACCUCGUCCCCCACGUCAUCUUCAAUGCCACCACCCCCGCCACCAGGCCUCUGCUUCCCCCCUGGGCCCUGUCUGACAGAGACAGGCAUUGGGGCAGGCGAAGUGGCACCACCAGGCAGCGGGGGCUCUGGGGCACUGGGUGACCUGCACCUCACCACCCUUUACUCGGCCUUCCUGGAGCUGGAGCCCACACCCACUGCAGCCCCUGCUGGCCCCUCCAUGUACCUCAGCCCCAGCUCCAAGCCCAUGGCCCUGGCAUGAGCUAUGCUCAGCAGCAGCUCCGGCCUUCACCUGGCCUGGAAGUCCCAGCUGGCCGCCCACGACAGGCUCACCUUAAAGGUCAAAGAAGGACAACACUCCCUGUCCCCUAUGCCACUAAGUCAACUUGUUUGUUAGCUGGCGCCUGGAGGGAUAGAAGACCACCCAGGAUGCUGCCCCUCACAUAUCUCUGCCAUCUAGUGGGCCAGCUCCUCACUCAGAGCCCCUGAAGAGCAAGUGCCUGGGCAAGAAGAAAAUGCACUCUCCUUUGCUCACACUUAUCCACACUUAAGCCCUCGUAUACAUACGCACACAUGCACACAAACACACAGAGUUAUUCAGACAGACACUCAUCCACAUACCUUAUAUCUCAAGGAAUCAGAACGACAUCACUGAGAGCCUGAUUUCAUUUCUGGGGCUGCUGAGAGCUGAGGGCUUUGGUUACCAAAAGCUCAGGGCCCCCAUGCCAGGUCCAGGGCCACCCUGGAACCCUAUUCUGAUGUCCACAUUCUCUGCAGGCCUGGCCCUCUCCAGGCAUGAUCUUUCCCAGAAGCCCCCUGUAUUUAUUCUCCCACCUUCAUCCCAGAAGCACAUCCAGGAGAAGGAGAUAUGGAGCUUCUCCCCAAGUUGUCUGUGGACCCCUCAGGGGGCUGCUGGUUAGCAGCACCUGCUCUGUCAGGCUCUACCCAUCCUCAGCAUAUGCUCUGUCUGGCCUCCCCCAGGGUGACACACAGGAGGGGUAAUAUGCACCCCAGGACCAAACUGAGCCCAGUUCCAACACAAAGUGUUUGGAAAAGCCCUUGCCCUCGGAAGCUUGAAAGUGUCUUCUUCCCCCAGCCCUGGGUGCAGGAAGAGCCCCUCCAGGUCACUACAAUCACUCCUUCUCUGUAAGAAUUUCAUGUAGUUUAGGUCCCAGCUCACUAAUUACUUCAAACUGUCUCUGGCAGCCUGGGCAUUCAGGGGAGGGAAGCCUGGUACAGGCUGGCAGGGGAGUACGCAUGCCCCUCUCUUUGGCUGCCUGGCAGACCCGGGAUGCUCCUGGAGCUAGGAGGUGUGGCCCAGUUGCCCGCCACGCCCUACCUGAGAGCCCAACCCCCACCAAGGGGGAGCCUCAACCUACCCUGGGACUGGGGGUGACAAGAGCCCCCAGAGGUUGGCCCAGGCUCAGAUGAGGCACAGCAGAUCCCUCAAUGGCUUGUUACUGUCCCCUGUCCUGGAACAAUAAAACAAGUGUCUUGUGGUCUUAGCUACUAAGCUUUCCUUUCUGGACCUCCCUUUCCUGGGCAGAAAGGUCAGGCCACACUGACUGUAGAUACCCUGGGUCUCUGAUUU